AUGGAUAACCAUCUAAGUGGAGAAUGGAUCAGUGAGGAGGAUAAUGUUCAUCUCGAAGUGAAACCAGUUUCUAAAGAGAAAGAAAGUGAGGAGAUAGUAAUAGGCCCUACUGAAUCCCUUGCUAAAAAGACUAUCCCUAUAGAGGAAGAGGAGCUCGAGUUAGAAUAUUCUCCAAUUAGGCCAAUUGUGAUAAGCUCCGAUGAGUCUGAGGAAUAUACCCCACUGAGUGAUAAUGAAUUUGAGGGAUAUACCCCACCGAGUGAUAAUGAAUCUGAAGUUCUAUAUUGUUUCCUUCCAGUAGUAAAUAUGGAUAUUAAUCUCUAUAGUUAUAUUGAGGUUCGAAGGGUCGGAGAAGUUCGACAGGAAGCUCCAAGGGUUGAAGAGCAACCAGAUAACCGAGCAAGGAUUGAAGAAGAGAUGGCUAAGGACUUGAAGAGAAUAGCGCCACCAAAGUUUGAUGGAAAAACUAUUGGUGGUGGUGCAGAGGCAUGGGUGAUAGAAAUGGAAAAGUAUUUUGGUCUCCGCAACAUGUCUAAUGAAACCAAGGCAGUUUGGGUUGCUUAUCAGCUUUCUGGUGAAGCUGCUACUUGGUGGGAUAAUGAAAAGUCCGAAAGGAAAUUGCAACCAAGAGAUAUCACUUGGGAAUUGUUCUUGCAAUCCUUUAGGAAGAGGUGGCUUCCUCACUUAUUCUUCGAUAAGAAGAUGACUGAAUUUCAUAACCUAACUCAAGGUGGCAUGUCGGUAACUCAAUACUGGGAGAAGUUUACCAACCUCCUUUAG